AUGAAGGCUCCCAAGUACGCAGAGAUCAACGGCGGGGAUGUCACGACGACAGUACAGUAUCUCCAGCCCGGGUCGAAGAACAUUCGAUACUUUGGCAAGGGUAAAGAGGUGAACAUUGGCAAGUACGACGAUGUAUCCGUCGUCAUCCACGACGCGCGGCCCAACAAGGACGAGUAUACGCUGGAGAAUGGAGGAUUCGCGUUAGUUCAGCAUGAUUCCAAAGUCACGGAAUGGAACUCGCGCGAGCAAUUGGACACGAUCUACCCUGACGAGAUGGCCGCGCUGGUCAAGUCGAUGACUGGCGCGGACGACGUGGUCGUUGUCAGCCCGCCCGUGCUGCGCAAGACGUUGGCCGAAGUCGGCUUGGGACAUCAGCCUCGCGCCGCAGACGUGCACACGGAUUGGUCACCCGCAAAUGCCGAAGAGACGGCAGUACGGCACGCAGAUAAGGAUGGAAUAACGUACUCGCGCUGCAUCUUCGUCAACGUCUGGCGCGCGUUGUCGCCUCCGCCGCAGGACUGGCCACUGGCUGUCAUUGAUGCGCGGACCGUCGGCGCCGACGAGGGCGUGGGUUACCCGAUGAUCAUCGUGGACAAGAUCCCCGAGACGCUGCCAAUGGUGCCACAGCCAUCGUAUUUUAUCGAGGGUGCCAAUUUCAAUUACAACCCAGAGCACCAAUGGUGCUAUUUUCGAGAUAUGAAGAUUGACGAGGUUCUGGCGUUCAAGCUUUAUGACUCCGAUAGACAUCGUGGGUCGCAGAGCUGGAGGUGUCCUCACACAGCCUUUUUGAAUCCGGUGGAAGGGAGCUCACCAAGGGAAAGCGUCGAAGUUAGGACGAUUUGUUAUUUUAGAUAA